AGCCGAACGGUUAACACUUCCAAUUCAGUUUGGAGUGGGUUUAAAUAUUUUUUUAAAAAUAAAAGUGUGGUGAAUAAAAAAUAAGAUAAAUCACUUUUUGGGAUAACAGGUUUCUUUAAAUAAAGAAGAUGAAAUCCUUCAUAAUAUUGGUGGUUUGUUUCUUCGCAUGGAGUUCCGCUGCCGAAUCAAAGCCUGGUCGUUUCUUAUCGUUGCCAGUACCACAAAAAUGCGCAAAUCGUCCCAAGCAAUUCAAUUAUCGCGGCCAUAACUACUUCUUCACCGGGCACGUGCCCGAACUGGCCAACAAACGUUACGAUUGGCUCGAUGCUCGCAACCUUUGUCGCGAAUACUGCAUGGAUGCCACUUCCAUCGAGACGCAAGAAGAAAACAACUUGAUCUACCGUCUCAUCCAACAACACGAUAUCCCCUACAUCUGGACCAGUGGGCGCUUGUGUGACUUUGCCGGAUGCGAAAAUCGCACAGACUUGAUCCCUAAAAAUAUCUUUGGAUGGUUCUGGUCCGCCAAUCGCGAAAAGAUCCAAGCCACCAACCAAAUUCCCAACGGAUGGGGCUACAAUCCAUGGUCGAAGACGGGACACAAGAAAAAGCCGCAACCCGAUAACGCGGAAUUCGACAUCAAUCAGACCGCCGAAGCGUGUUUGUCUGUCUUGAACAACGUCUAUGGUGAUGGCAUUGCAUGGCACGAUGUCGCUUGUUAUCAUGAAAAACCCACCAUUUGUGAAGAUUCUGAAGAACUUCUUAACUACGUUGCUGCUACCAACCCAGGAAUUCGUUUGUAAAGAAAGUUAUUUCAUUUUAAAACUUAACCCCACAAGAAAAUAAUGCUGCACUUGUAAAAUUUUACUUCCCCCUUGUGUUAAAUGUUGAUGAGAAGUAAAUCUUUUCCUCUGCCACACUGACUGUCUCCUGCCUUCUAAAUGAACAUUUUUUGUAAGAAAUUUCGUAGACUUUACUAAAAUUAAAACAAAAAAAACGAAUAUUUUUAAGUGUAAUCUGUAAGAUUUAUUUAAUAAUUAAUAAUGAAAAAUAAAAUAUAUUAUUAGA